CUCGAUGCAAUCGCACGCGCUCGACGCCACGCCACUCGACGGACGGCACGCGCUCGCUAACACCGGCGGCGGCGACGGCAACAAACGACGCCUGCGACGGACGUCAACUCGGCCGUGAAAGCGAUCACAUUAUUGUGAGCAUAUUAACCGUGCGCGACCAUAUGGACGCAAUCAUUUACAAACGAACUUUGUAAAUAGAUUAGUUUAAUAAUUUACGACAUACAAACAAAAACCUCGAUACAAUUUCAAUCGUAGAAACUAUGUAUUCAAAUAGUGGUAAAUUCAAUAAUCAAGUUUAGUUACCUAAGUAAAUGUGUAUAACAGAGAGGAAUCAAAACCCCAUUUGAAAACUGUCUUAAUAAAACUUUAGUUAGAAGAUGUCUUCAUGUGAAAUGUGUGUUCCGAGUUUAAACAAAUUGUGCGUGUAAUCGUGCGGAGUUUGCAAAGUGUAUGAACUAACAUGGGACAACUUUCACUCUGUACUCGCAGAUGAACCAACGAAUAUAAAAAUCGUCUGCAGUUUGCACAUUCACAAUGAUAGCUAGAAGUCCUUCCCGUCGAAGACGCGCUUCGCGCAGUGGCGGAUCGUCUCCACAGCCGGUUCGCUCGACCCGUGUUCCGACCUCUCCAGCAGUGAGCCCAGGGCGCAGAGCAAGUAUCGCCGUUUCCCCAGUAGACAGCGAACGCAUCCAGCGUCACAUGCUUGCUCCAGAAAUGAUGAGUCGAAGCCCGCGGCAUUCUAUCAUUCCCGAUAUAUCCCUAGAAUCUCGCAGCAAUUCCUCAACCGAAGACAUUGACGUGCCUAUUGCGCGCAGCCACUCUCCACGAAACAGCUUGGUCCCAGAUAGUUCACGAAGUCCUAGACAUUCCCUAGUGCCGGGUGACUAUUCUCGCAGCCCCAGAAAUAGUCUAGUUCCCGAUGGACACUACAAUCGCAGUCCUAGGAACAGUCUUGUGCCUGAGGUGUCAAAAAGUCCAAGACAUAGUCUAGUUCCAGAUCAAACGUCAAUGAGUCGAAGUCCGAGGCAUAGUCUAGUGCCAGAUGGAAAUGGGUCAAGAUUGAAUUUGGAUUUUAACCGGAGUCCAAGAAACAGUCUACUGCCAGAUGGCACAAGAGAGGCAAGAAACUCCAGGUUAAACGAAGACCAGAUGAAUUGGGGAUCUGGUAGUCCCGAUGAAAUUGUAAACAUGAACAGGAGUCCCCGGCAUAGUAUAGUACCAGAUGGAAAUAGAAGUCCACGUGGGAGUAUAGCUGUUGAUCGGGAUAGAACAGACAGAACAAGCCCAAGAGGGUCCAUUGCCAACGAGUACAUCGAUCGCAGUCCAAGAGGCAGUAUUGCAGGCGACGGCCGAAAUCAUAGAGAACCAUUGAGCAGCCUGAACAAAAACAAUAAAUUUGACAGAUCCAACGAUAUGCUCGAUAGAAAUGACAGGAGUCCAAGGGGGAGUUUGACCUUGACCUUUCAAGACCCACCCUCUAAAUAUCCAAGGAGAUAUAGUACUGAUUAUGGACAAAAAGGACGCAGCGCUUCUCCUUACAGGUCCUCUCGAGGGAACCUCAAUCAAGGGUACAACCAGAGCCAAACCACAUGCAACGAAAGCGGUUCACGGAGAGCGAGCAGCUCGGUUAGUCAGAAUUAUGGUGACGGCGAAGCUGGUCUUGGAAUCGGACUCACCCUAACAACCUACGGAUCAGUGGCGUAUCAGCUCAAAGACGCCAAUUUGGAAGCCAACGAUACAUGCGACUUCAUCUUCAAAGCACUGCAGAUUUUCAACAAAACAGUUGUGGUUACCGUGGUACUGGUCUUCUUAUCAACUCUGCCAUUGCUAAUGCUUAUCAUGGGAGCACAAUUCCUGCGUGAUUGUCCCCGCGAACAAUACAUCCCCAUCUACAUGUUGGUAGGUGGUACGGUGGGAUGUUUAAAGAUGGCGUGGAUUCUCUGGGACCAACUGUACACUCGUCGGCUAGCCGCAGCGGGAGCCACAAACAGCUCCAACAUAGGAUCCCGUAUCCUAUCCCUUGCGCUAACCAUCUUCCUUCUCGUAUGGUUCGCUCUGGGUAACUACUGGAUUCUUCGCAUCAAGUGGCCCGACUACGCUCCCACACUCUUCGAACCAAAUCGUUGGUGCCAUCGUACUCUCUACGUCUUCGCUAUUGUGCAUCUGUUCAUAAUUUACGCGAUUGCCGGCGUGGUUGUUUUGCUGGUAAUUAUCCUCGCCGGAUGUCAAGCGUUUGGCUGCCCAUGGCUCGGACCUGCCGGCUCAUACAAAUAGCGAAUGCGCUAUGAGAAAACCCAAGGUGCUAGCGAUAGCAGUCUACCGGAGAACUUCGAGUUGUGGGAUAUGCCGAGAGGAUAUCAUUGAACCAGGUGAGGAGACAAAUGCGCUACAACUAGCUUCUGGCUAGAUUUGAAAAGUCUGACGAGGUACUUCCAAUUUGACGUUUUAUAUUGAGACCAGCAUUAAAUACUAACAACGCGAUCAAGCAAAAACUUUUAAAUACUUUAAAAUGCAUUAUUGAUUGCACUGCGUCAAUGUAAAUGUACUGUACAUACCUAAUUGCAUACUUGCUUGGAAACUUUGCUUUAAUUCCAACUUGUUUCUUCAGAUGUCGAAAAAUUUGUCAAUUACAGUGGCUGAAAAAGCAAACUUCAAAUUCCGCUAAAUGAAUUAAAGCUAUAGUCUUGAAGAUUUUAACACAUAACGCUUAAACUUUUAAAUGGUUUCUAUGAACCAAAUAAAUAACCAAAGUGUGAAGGAUACAAUAAUGUAGAACUAAUACAAAAAUGCUGUAAUUGACAUUAAAACGCGUUAAAUUUGUAUAUUUAUUGUGUGUUGUUUAUUGUAUACGUGUUACUUGCAUAUAACCAGAGCUUAAAAGACAGUAACAUAAAACGUAAGCUAAAUUAUUGUCUUCAGCUGCUGAACAACUAUUUAGGAUUAAUUUCGAUGUGGUAAAUUAAAGUUUCUGUCGGUUUGUGAUUUGCAUUCUUUUCAUCUCUAAUGAUUGCCAACACUUGACUUGCAAACAACCGCGAAUUAAAUGCAAUUUGCAUAAAAGUUCCAUUAAUAAUCGCAGAACUCAAUUCCCAACUUAUAAUUUAUCCUAGCGGCGCGCAAUUUGUUUAACUAUUCAAAUAUUCUUUCGGUCCACUGCGGCGGUAGUUAAAAUGAAAAGACAAAUAUCGCAUUUUGCAUUGAGCAAACCAGAGUCCCCAACUUAAACAUAUUUAAUUCGGUAGAGCGAGAAGGACUGCGAGUAAUUAAUAUGCGGGGAAGCAAGCGCAGAUUCAGAAAUAAAACGACAGAAUUGGACCGCCGAGUGGAAAACUAGGCAAACAAAAGAAGGGAAAACCAAAAAGACAUAGGAACGUGGGAAUUUAAUUAAUUUUAAUGCGAUUUGACGCGCACUAAACUUUCGCAGUUUUUUCGAGAGGAUUUUUACGUUUUCAUUACUUAUUUUAAGACUUGUAUAGAGACAUAAUUAUCAAAUCGUAUUUUAUGUCAAUUCGUGUAAGAUUUUCGGUAUCAACGUGGUUUUAACGUCGUUAUUUAAUUUAUUAGGUAACAAAUGUCGCUCGAUAACACUUCACCGUGCAUUUGACUCACCGGAAUUAUUGAACAACAGAUAGUGUGUGAUUCAAUUUUGUUUUGCGUGUAACGCCAUCUAGCGUUCGGUAGCUCUAGAGUGAAGUCAAAUGCCAUUGUGAAGGAAUGUAUAUUUAUCGAACGGCGCGCGCGGUCCAGCUUUAAAACAAACAAACAAAACUAAAGUACUAAAAAUGAACGUCUAAUCGAUAUGGUAAUUGUUUAAACGUGUGUGAAUUUACUCGUAAAAUAUUUGCUAUCAUGCUCCGCAAAGUGACGCAACACAUCCAUACAAGUAUAUCUAUUAACUUACACACUCACUGAGCAUAUAAUAUAUCGCUAAACUAUAUAAAUUGAUAAAUAAACGCAGAAGAGUGAAAUUUAUGCAAAAGAAUUUAUUAUACAAAUUUGAAAUGGAGUAUGUAUAAAAAUUAUAUGAAAACUGGAAAUUUUUAUAUGCAAAUGAACCAUUUGUAACAAGGUAUUCUAUCGAGUGUCAUAACUUAUAAAUAAACUAAUAUAAUACUAACGAGAAUUGAAAAUCUAUAUUUAAAAUGAUAUGUUGGUAUUCAUAUCGCUAUAUAACUAUUAUAUUGAGUUGAAUUUAAACAGAUUUAUGAUUUUGCCGAAUCAGAUUUUUCUGUAGGUAUUUUAUCAAAAGGAAAAAGUAAAGCAGUCCGCCAGCCAUGCCGGGACAAAACAAAUUUUAACGAGAAAACUUUCAUAGCCACGAAUAUAUCGAUCCGACGUGGUUUCAGGACAAAGUCCUUGCCAUUGUCGGCACGGUUUCCUCAAAAAAGUUAUUCGUUUUGACCGAGUAAACUUGCAUGUUAGACGCUCAAAGAUUUUCUUUUCGGAUAUCUUAACACCACCUAAAGCAUUCAUUCAUUGUUAUUUUUAUAAUAGCAAAAAAAUCAAUUUUGCAGUUUUUAUUAAUGCAACGAAUUCAGAUAUAGAAAAAUUUACUAACAACAUAUCAUAAGUAUAAAUUAAAUAUAUUUAUUAA